AUGCUCAAAUCCAUCGGUUCCGCGAAGAAAAGCCCUUCAUUUGCACCGUCGUCGUUUACGUUGUCGUCAGCGAAGGGGGGAGAAACAGAAUUGGAAGCGCGCCUGGACGCGCUUUUAGAAAAUGCUUUGGGGGAUUCCAUUCGUGUUCGGAAUUUUCGUUCGCGUCCGGAUUUAGUGCCCAAAGCGACGGCGGGGCAGAGAAAAUCGUUCCGGGCGAGAAGUUUUGGCGAGUAUAAAGAUGAUGAAAACAGGGAAUCGAAGUUGCAAAGAUUGUUCGCGCAAACGCAAGGCGACGCGACGUGUUUUGGGUUUACGAUUUGUUCGUGCGUCGGGCAGAAAACAUCGACGACUUUGGUCGACGACGACGAGAAGAAUGACGAAGAAAAACCGCUCUUCGAGUGCGAGUUGUGGUUAUCGAGAGGGCGAGAGAGCGAAGAGAGCGGACCUCCGGGAUCUUGGAACGUGGUCUGCAAAGACGCCUCUGAUGGUAACAACACUCCUUUGUUUAUGUUGACUUUGAAAGAAGAUUCGACGCUGGAAGAGCUGUUCGAUCGGCACGCGAUGAAGCGCCCUUUUCCGACGAUGGUGGUGAGGAGUUUACUCGGGGUAUCCGUCGCCGGCGUGAAAAAGAACAGUAAUAGUAAGACGUUGCAAAAUUCUCCGACGUUUGCGGCGGCGAAAAUGUACAAAGGAAAUGCGCAAGUCGCGGAAAUUAUUCCGUUGCAACGUGACUUCCCGAGAGGAAAGUUGGUUGGGAAGGUUGAACGCAUGAAUUCGAUGUUGAUUCGUCGAGACGAAAACGACGCGCUCGGAACGAGGUUGGUGCCGUACACGAGAGGAUUACGAAGUUUGUUGUACACGAUGAUUGGCACAGGAUUGAUGACAUUUGGUUUUGCAGUUCCGAUAACGUAUUCUUCGGUGAAGACGUACGAAAUGCCCGUGGAAAUUCACGAGAACGGUCUGGAAGGUCUCAACGGCAUGCGGGAUAAAGAGGUGAGAAAUUUUCGCGAUAAAUGCGCGGCGUUCGUGAAACCGAUUGGCACCAUUCGUGUCAAAAAAGCCGGUUUAGGACACUUCAAAUUGAAAAGAGAAGAGAAUCAAGAGUACAACGAGUGGCCGAAACACACGAAGCGGCACUUCUUGUACGCUAUGGUCGCGCACGCCGCCAUGGUCAACGAAUUCGCCAAAGACGGAACGUAUUCCAUUCCGGACACUGCGGAAGUCGAGAUUUGA